CAUCAGAUUCCACGGAAACGCUCCUUUCCCCACAAGUCCAUGGGCCGUAUUUAUCCAUGUCCGGUUCCCAACUGGGGGCGGGUUGUGGCGAAUCCGAUGGCUGCGGAACCACCGCACACGGGCGGCGCUGGUCUCGUCGUCGCCAACAAUGACACCAUCCGAUCCUUCCUCGUCUCCACCGCGAAGGACGUCCGUCACCUCCCCGACGAGCUUCGAGAUCUCGCUUCCGCUCUCUCGUCGCACAGCACCGUGCCCUAUCGGUCUCUUAGGAGCAUCUGGUCCGCCCUCCCCACAGCCGACCGCCCCGCCCUCCGCUGCCUUUUCGCCGGUGCCGGUUUCGUCUUGUCGAGCCCGAAGCCCAGGGAGAAGAGCGAAGAGCUGAAGGAGAGACUCAAGAAGCUCGCCGAAUCGGCGGAGAGAAGGGAGUAUCAGGAGCUUGUGAAGGACAUUGCGCCCAAGAGAGAGGCUGCAGAGCCUUUCUCUUCCUAUAAGGAUCAGAUAGGAUUUGGUCUACAUGUAGUGUUGAUAAUGUUCACGGGCUAUUUGGUCGGUUUUGCUGCUUUCAGAGCUCUAUUUAAUCAUAGUGCUGCACUGAAUGCAGCUGGAGGCAUCUUGGGAAUGGUUUGUGGUAUGCUACUUGAAACAGUUCUGUUUAUAUUUAGAACUUCCACCAAAGAUGUGGCAUCGUCAACCCAACGGAGUAAUAAAAGGAAACUUCUAUAGCAUAUGCCAUAAUUGUCAUGGCAAUCCAGAGAUAUAUACAUUUCUUGCUUAUUUGGAUGUUAUCUGAUAUCAUGGCAUGGAAAACUCUACUUGUGUAUUCUAUUAAGAAAGAGAUCUUUUAAGCUUCUGCAGA